AUGCUGCCAAACAAUCUCCUUCCCCCUUCUCGUCGGGCUGUCUACAUUUGCCAGAGCUGUCGGCACCGUCUUCGGUCCCUGGCGGCCUCUUUCACCACGGACCAGAAAAGAUGGAUCAGCAGAAAUCAUAUUCGAAAUAUCCAAGCAGCAGAAGAGGAAUGGAGAAUAAGAGCGCAGGAGAUCGAGAAAGGAAAUAUGAAGUCUAUGCUAAAUAUUCUUGAGGAGAGGGGAUUUAUCAACCAAAUUGUCGGCUCCAAGAAGGACUUGGAACACCUGUUGACCCAUCGACGAGUCGGAGUGUACGCCGGUAUAGAUCCUACUGCCCCCUCUUUGCAUGUCGGUCAUAUGAUACCCUUUAUGGUGCUGGCCUGGUUCUACAUCCACGGCUACGCCGCGCAUUUUGUGCUGGGAGGUUUCACAGCGCUCAUCGGUGAUCCGACAGGACGGACGACCGGUCGCGCAUUGCAAGAUCCUGCUACGCGAAAGGCCAACAUGGCAAAUAUGCACGCACAGCUCAAAAGACUGGGGGCGUCGAUUGAAAGACAUGCCACACGGCGGGGCUAUGUCAAGGAAUGGGCCUGGCGGAGGGCUUUGGUCAACAACAACACUUGGUGGGGAACUACCAGUCCAAGAGAGUUCCUAUCAGGGAUGGGCCGAUUGGCUCGGAUCGGUCCCAUGCUGGGUAGGGAUACAGUCAAAAAUCGAAUGGAGAAGGGCGACGGCAUGUCCUUCGCCGAGUUUAGCUACCCACUCGUUCAAGCUUGGGAUUGGUGGUAUCUAUUUCAAAGGGGCGUCCAGAUUCAAAUUGGCGGAUCGGAUCAAUUUGGGAACAUUCUCGCCGGAGCCGAAUUAGUCAAAAAGAUGGCACAGGAAUCACACGAAUAUCAAGUGGCUCUGCGACAAACCGAGAUUAUCGAAGAACAACAUAAUAUCAAGGUUACUUCCGACCCGCUUGGGAUUACCGUUCCUCUUUUGACCACGGCCUCGGGUGAAAAGUUUGGCAAAAGUGCCGGCAAUGCCACCUGGCUCAGUCCAGAGAUGACCAGUAUUUUUGAGCUUUAUCAGUUUUUCUUACGUUCCGCCGAUGCCGAUGUCGAGAAGUAUCUCAAGUUGUUCACUUUCAUGCCCUUGUCAGAGAUUGGCGAAGUCAUGAAUGAGCAUGAAACGGAUCAUUCUAAACGGGUGGCUCAACAUAAACUUGCCAAAGAAUUUGUCGAGCUCAUCUACGGGCUUGAUGCCGCUGAACAGGCCGAAUCUGAGCACCGACAGCUGUUCAAUCCAAAUCUCACUGUCGACGACAUCACCAAGAGAUUGGCUGAAGCGGAUUCGGCAAAGCCUGCAGGGACUGAAAAGUCCACAUUCACGCACCCUUCUCUGAAUGUACGUGCUCAGCCCAUGCGACUACAUGAUAACGCUCCUACCCGAGUCAAAAUGCCACGGAGCUUGAUCUACCAUCAAUCACUGCCUUACGUUCUCUGGGCAGUUGGUUUGGUAUCGUCUAGGAAAGAGGGCCAACGGCUGAUCGGUGCCGGAGGCGUAUAUCUUGGAGCUAAUGCGGAUUCGAAAGGUGGAAUGGACAAUUCUCUGAACUUUACGCCUGCUAAAGCAGGUGGCUGGGAAGAAUACUCCAAGUAUAUCAUUGACAAGAAUCUACUCAUCUUACGAGUGGGAAAGUGGAGACUCAAAGUUAUUAGCAUAAUCCCAGAUGCAGAGUACGUGGAAUCUGGAUUGAGCUGUGCUGCCUGGGAGGAAUUCACCGCCAAAGCGGAAUCCGAGGCCAGUGAUGCGCCUGGACUGGAGCAGAAGUGA